GACCACUCAUUGCGCUAUCCCGACCUUGCUCGGUCAACCAGUGAUGGCGUGCAAACCUAACGAAUGAUGAAUCGUAGUGAGAACAAAACUGCGCCGUUGCUAGUUGCGCACCACAUUGCUCAGCGGAUCCAGCUAUAUAAAGGCCAGUAACGUUGAAGCACAACUCAUAGUUCAGAGCACUGCAUACCAAGAACUCGAGAACAAAGAUGGCAAGAAGCAAUUCGUUUCCGGCAAAGCUGUUGGUCACGGUGGUUGCGUUGUCCGGAUUAGCAGCCGGAGCGCUCGCCGGCGACAUCGCGAUCUACUGGGGUCAGAACGGCAACGAGGGCACGCUGGCGCAGACGUGCGCGACCGGCAACUACAAGUUCGUCAACGUGGCCUUCCUCCCCACGUUCGGCAAGGGCCAGAAGCCGGUGCUGAACCUGGCCGGCCACUGCAACCCGGCGACCAACGGCUGCACCGCCGUGGGCGCGGACAUCAAGUCGUGCCAGCGCCUGGGCAUCAAGGUCUUGCUCUCCAUCGGCAGCGGCGUUGGCAGCUACGGCCUCUCGUCCCCGGCCGACGCGAGGACGGUCGCCGCGUACCUCUGGAACAACUACCUCGGCGGCAAGUCCCCUUCGCGGCCCCUCGGCGACGCGGUCCUCGACGGCAUCGACUUCGACAUCGAGAGCGGCGGGAGCAUGUACUGGGACGUCCUGGCCAGGUUCCUCAAGGACUACUCGUGGCGGCCGGGGAGCAAGCCGGUGUACCUUGCCGCGGCGCCGCAGUGCCCGUUCCCGGACGCGUCGCUGGGCACCGCGCUCAGAACGCGCCUGUUCGACUACGUGUGGGUGCAGUUCUACAACAACCCGCCGUGCCAGUACAGCUCGAGCGCCGGCGUGGGCAGCCUGGCGCGCGCGUGGGCGCAGUGGACAUCGAUACCGGCGCGGCGGGUGUUCCUCGGCCUCCCCGCGGCGCCCCAGGCCGCCGGCAGCGGGUUCGUGCCAACCAGCGACCUGGUGUCGCAAGUGCUGCCGGUGGUCAGGAACUCGACCAAGUACGGGGGCAUCAUGCUGUGGUCGAGGUUCUACGACGGACUCACGGGGUACAGCGACGCGGUUAAGUCCAAAGUGUGAGCUAAGCUCGUGUCAUGUCAGGCGUGUGAUUCAGAUGCGUCCAUGUGCGUGCGUCGUGUAAGAUCGAGUACUCUACAGAGAAACGUAGACACAGAGUGAUCGGUCUGCAACGAGAAUGUGUCCAGAGAUCUCUCUGUUGUGCUUUGGCUGUAUCUCCGGAAUGAAGCCAUACUUCGAUCAGUCAUCUGAUACAGUGAACUGUGAACGCCAUUGUUGCGGCGACAAAAUGCUGCGUGCUAA